UACAGUCUUACUUAAUGGGUGUGGUUGAAUUGUGCGUAUGAGUAUCUGCGUUUUAAACUCAGCGCAUUAUAAUGGUGAUCGUUUAGGACUUGUGACUGUGUGUGUUUUCUGAUAUUUACAGCGUAUGAGGAUGUAUUCAUAACUAAAUUUUUGUAUUUUUUUCUCUCUAUUGUUGCACCAAUGGACGGGUUUUAUGUACCAAUGCCAAGACCUGUGUGAUUGUACUUUCCGCUUUUGCAGUCAUCGCUUUGCAAACCGGAGUGCGAACCAUUUUUAGGUUUUUUAUAAAAUAAUUGGAUUUCGGACGAGGUGGAGACGGACAUAGCGAAGCGGGGGUAGGGAAGAGGGAGGAGAAGAAGCGACUGUCUAAGGGAGAGGGAAGGAAGGAACAGAAGGAUUGUUAAAAACAAACAGAAGACCAAGCCACCGAUCAUUUUAAGCGUUAAGGGCUUCUUUUAUGAUAGUUUUUUUGCGGUUGAACUAAUCCGUUGGGCAUCUCCGCAUGUUCACAUGCACCGUUCCCAAAGAACUGUCUUUUCAGCCCCCAGAAUCAGUCGGAAUUAAAAGAAAGAAAGAAAUCCGGGGAGAGAAAAAAAACGGGAUUACAAAAGAAACGAGAACAGUGGAGAACUCAUAUGUUGAAGCGGCCCUGUGAAAAAAUAUUUUUUCAGCAAUGCAUUUUUAAAUUUGCUUUGGUUUUUUGUUACCUGAUAACUCAAUAACCAGGAUAAGAAAGUGAAAGCAAACUGCUCAGAAGUCUGUCUGCAUUUGCUUUUUUGAAGACCGAGAAAAAGGUUGUUCAUUGGCUGAGUUGCGUGGAAUUGACAGGCAAAGCGCCCAAUCGAGGAUGAGCGAACUGGAGCAGCUGCGCCAGGAGGCCGAGCAACUGAGGAAUCAGAUAAGAGACGCCAGGAAAGCAUGCGGAGACUCCACCCUGACCCAGAUAACAGCAGGCCUGGACCCUUUGGGCCGGAUCCAGAUGAGGACCCGGCGCACUCUACGCGGUCACCUGGCCAAGAUCUAUGCCAUGCACUGGGGCAACGACUCUAGGCUACUUGUUAGUGCAUCUCAGGAUGGGAAGCUGAUUAUCUGGGACAGCUACACCACCAACAAGGUGCACGCCAUCCCCCUACGCUCCUCUUGGGUGAUGACGUGUGCGUACGCACCCUCUGGUAACUUUGUGGCCUGCGGGGGGCUGGACAACAUCUGCUCCAUCUACAGCCUGAAGACCCGGGAGGGCAAUGUGAGGGUCAGCAGAGAGCUGCCCGGCCAUACAGGAUACUUGUCCUGUUGCCGCUUCAUCGACGACAAUCAGAUCAUCACAAGUUCAGGAGACACGACCUGUGCAUUGUGGGACAUCGAAACCGGCCAGCAGACCACGGUGUUCUCGGGCCACAGCGGUGACGUCAUGAGCCUGUCCCUGGCGCCGGACUCGCGCACCUUUGUGUCAGGCGCUUGCGACGCCUCCAUCAAGCUGUGGGACGUGCGGGACAGCAUGUGCAGGCAGACGUUCAUCGGGCACGAGUCGGACAUCAAUGCUGUCUGCUUCUUCCCCAACGGCAGCGCCUUCGCCACCGGCUCUGACGACGCCACCUGCCGACUCUUCGACCUGCGGGCCGACCAGGAGCUCAGCCUCUACUCCCACGACAACAUCAUCUGCGGCAUCACCUCGGUGGCCUUCUCCCGCUCGGGCCGCCUGCUGCUGGCCGGAUACGACGACUUCAACUGCAACAUCUGGGACUCAAUGAAGGGCGACCGAGCAGGAGUGCUGGCCGGCCACGAUAACCGCGUGAGCUGUCUAGGCGUGACAGAUGACGGCAUGGCGGUCUCUACUGGUUCCUGGGACAGCUUCCUCAAGAUCUGGAACUGAGAAGGAGCAGCGGCAGACGGACACACACACGCAUGUAACAUACGGUUAAAGACACACGGGCUGCGGCCUUGCAGCUGGCUGUACAUAGAUACACGCGCUGAGGGGAACGGUAGAAUAUGGAAGGCAUUUGGCGCCCCCUACAGUCACACAUACACACGCAUGUACCAUAAGCCAAAUCCAUACCUGCGUGUGUAUGUCUGAGACAUGUGUAUGUAACCCUAACCCUAACACCUGCACAAUGCCCCCCCCCCCCCCCCCCCCCCCAAUGCACCAUGGAUCCAGAGGUGCAGCAUGCGGGGGAGGGGGAAUUAUGGGACUCUGAACCCCCACACACUCCCCCUUUCUGCGUUGCUGCGUUUCCUCGAUUUGGCUAAUAGAGAGGGUGGUGUAACUAACCUUAUAUGGGCUGGGGUCCGAAUGUCUCAAACGACGGCUGACCAAUGGCAGUGCAGGAAGCAGGGUCAGGUGACAGGGUCAUGUGACUCAACUUGCUGUUAUCUCUUAAUGAGUUCUAACCUGUUUGUAUAUAUACACAUGUAUACACACAAGUCGAUGUUAGUUUUUGUUUCAAUGUUUUUUUUCCAAUUUUAUAUGCUAUAUUUUUCCCGUGUGCCUCAAUACUUUCAAAGGAUUAUUAAUAAGUACUAAUUGAACUCAUACGGCUGAAAGCAGUGAAAGGCGCUGAAAAGGGGAGGUAGAUUAAUGUUAUGAAAAUGAUAGGGCAGAAGAGUGGCUGCCUUCACGUUGUUGGUGUGGUAUGUCUGCAUUAUAAUGGUAUACAUUGUACAUAAUAAAUAUCCAUAAAUACCCAACACCGUUGGCCUAACCUUUGACCCAGUUCAGCAUUUCUGACUCGGCAAAAAUGCCGUCAUGACUUGGCGUCCCGCCUCUGCCGUCAGAAGUUUGACUUGAGCCUCAAAACGCUUUCAAAAUGACACGAACACAAGCAGCUGACGGAUAUCAAUAUAUUUAUUUGUUUUGCAUAAAGACUUUACAGACUCAGGCUCUCUGUCAACACAACCUUAAGACUCCAUCUCGCAAGUCUGUCGAAUGCGCGAGUUCCGGAAAUCGGUGUGGCCCAUCCUGAAAUGGACGUAGUCUAAUAAAGAGUUUCGUCAGGAUAAAGCAAGAGAAUUUUUAAAAAUCACACGCAGAUCGUAAAACCAAAAUACAGGCAAAGCUUCAUUUUAUAAUGGGCUCAGUGCCUCGAACGAAUCGCAUACAAAGACGACGCCAUAUUACGACACUAAUGGCUAGAAUGCAAAAUAACUGCUUAAAAUGCACACUCGUAGUAGUAAGGCUAAACUAAC